GAUUUAGAUUUCAAAAUAACAACCAUGCUCAUGUGGAUUCAACAUUUCUUCUUUCUCUAUCUGUUUCCACCGGCUUCCCUCCUCUUCAUCAUUCUUCCCAAUUCAAUAGUUGGUGCACCUGUUGGAAUAUGCUAUGGACGUGUAGCGAGCAACCUCCCACCACCAUCGACCGUUGUUAACCUUCUCAAGUCCAAUGGCAUCAAUGACGUUCGCAUUUUCGAUGCUGAUCCUGAAACACUACUGUCCUUUUCCGGCACUGGAAUCAGCCUCAUGGUUGGCGUCCCGAAUGAAAGUCUCCCAUCCCUUGCCAAUGGCAAUGCAGAUACCUCUGCUCAAUGGCUACAGUCCAAUAUCUUCGCCUACAUUCCAGCCACCCAAGUGAAGUACAUUGCGGUUGGCAAUGAAGUGUUUCUCAAAGAUCCGUUCUUCACUCCCUACGUAGUCCCUGCCUUGUUGAAUCUUUAUCAUGCACUAGAGAUUCUAAAUCUAGGAAAUAGUAUCAAGUUAUCUUCACCUCAAGCUGCUUCUGUGCUAUCUAGUUCAUAUCCUCCAUCAUCAGGAAUGUUCGAUCCUUACCUUGAAUCGGUUAUAGUUCCUCUCUUGCAAUUUCUAUAUGAUAGUAGAUCACCUUUCAUGGUGAAUGCGUAUCCUUACAUUAGCUACGUAAAUAAUUUGAAACAUGUAGAACUAGACUAUGCCUUGUUCAAAAGCAGAAAUCCAAUGCAGGAUGGUGCAUUAGAAUACAGAAAUCUUUUGGAUGCGAGUGUUGAUGCAUUAGUGUAUGCUAUGGAGAGAGAAAGGUUUUCAGGAAUUAAGGUGGUUGUGACGGAGACAGGGUGGCCGACGGCUGGUGGUGAAGCGGCAAGUGUGGAGAAUGCAUUGGCGUAUAAUAAGGAGGUGGUGAGAAGGGUGGUAAAUGAUGUUGGAACCCCAAAAAGGCCUAGGGAGGGGAUGGAGGCAUACUUGUUUAGUGUUUAUGAUGAGAAUGGGAAAAAUGGUGAGGAUUAUGAGAAACAUUUUGGCAUUUUUGGGCUUGAUGGGAACAAGGUUUAUGAUCUCAGUUUCAGCUGAUAAUUUUAUGUUAUACAAGUAAAUUAUUAGGUAUAUCUACUAUAUGUGCACUUUUA